AUGGUUGACUGCCUGACAAAUUGUUAUCAGGACUCAGUAACCUUUGAUGAUGUGGCUCUGGACUUCACCCAAGAAGAGUGGGUUUUAUUAGAUAAAACUCAGAAAAUUCUAUACAGAGAUGUGAUGCUGGAGAACUAUAAGAACCUGGCCACAGUAGGAUGUCAGUUUAUCAAACCCAGUCUGAUCUCUUGUCUGGAACAAAAAGAAGAGUUGAGGACAGUUCAGGGAGGAGUUCUCCAAGACUGGGAAAUACUACUUCAGACCAAUGUUUCAGCACUGCAGCAGGAUUUUUGGAUGGUACAGACUUCUAAUGGGAUACAAACGGACCUGGUAACCUUUGAUAGUGUGGCUGUGGAGUUCACGCAGGAGGAGUGGGCUUUACUGGACCCAACUCAGAGAAAGCUGUACGGAGAUGUGAUGCUGGAGAACUACAACAACCUAUCCUCAGUAGGUUACCAGCUUUUCAAACCCAGUCUGAUCUCUUGGUUGGAAGAAGAGUUUAGGACAGUACAGGGAGGCAUUCUCCAAGAAUGGAAAAUGUGUCUUAAAACCAAUGAGUCAGCCCUUCGGCAAGAUAUUUUUUGUUUAAAAACAUCAAAUGGGAUACAACCGGCAAGAAGCCACAAUGGAAGGGAACUCUAUGACUGUAAAAAAUGUGGAAACGUUUUCAGUGAACAUUCAUGCCUCAAGACACACAGGCGUACUCAAAAUAGAGAGAACAUUUCUGAAUGUGAUCAGUAUGGAGAAGACCUCCUUUCUCUGCACAAGAAAACCUCUACUGGAGAGAAACUUUCUGUGUUUGAUCAAUGUGGAGAAUCCUUCAGCCUGACUUUAAAUGUUGAGUUCCAGAGAAAGUACACACAAGAUAAAUCCUUUGAAUGCAGCGACUGUGGGAAAACUUUUGUUAAUCAGUCACACCUUCAGGCACACAGGAGAACUCACAAUAGAGAACAACCGUAUGAAUGGGAGCAAUGUGGGAAAGCGUUUCCUGACUCCACAAGCCGUGCUGUGCAUGUUGAAAUGCACAUUGUAAAAAAUCCCUAUGAAUGUAAGGAAUGUGGAAAAGGCUUUCGGUAUCCCACCUAUCUUGAUAAUCACAUGCAAACCCACACUGGAAUAAAACCUUAUAAGUGUAAGGACUGUGGGAAAGCCUUCGCUGUGCGUUCAGGCCUUACUGAACAUGUCCGAGCUCACAGUGGAGAGAAGCUCUAUGAGUGUAAGGAAUGUGGUAAAGCCUUCCAUACGUCCUCAGGCCUUGUUGAACAUACAAAGUGUCACCCGGGAGAGAAACCCUUUAAGUGUGACCAGUGUGGGAAAGCCUUUGUUUUUUCCUCAUCUCUUUUUGCACAUUUGAGAACUCACACUGGAGAGAAGUCUUUUGAUUGUUACGUGUGUGGGAAACCAUUUACCCGUUCCUACUGUCUUCGACUUCACGUGCGAACUCACACGGGAGAGAGACCAUAUAGAUGCAAAGAGUGUGGGAAAACCUUCACUAAGUGCUCAUACCUCACUAAACAUUUACGAAUACACACUGGAGAGAAAUCCUAUGAAUGUCAGAAAUGUGGGAAAGCCUUCAUUGAGCGCUCAUACCUUACUAGACAUUUACGAACACACACUGGAGAGAAGCCCUAUGAACGUAAGGACUGUAGGAAAGCCUUCACUGUUUCUUCAAGCCUAACUGAUCAUGUAAGAAUUCACACUGGAGAGAAACCCUAUAAAUGUAAUGAAUGUGGAAAAGCCUAUAAUAGGUUUUGUCUACUAACUCAACAUUUAAAAACCCACCCUACAGAGAAGACCUUUGAAUGUAAGGCAUGUGGCAAAUCCUUUAGAAAUUCCUCACAUCUUGAUGAUCACUUCCGAAUUCACACUGAAAUAAAACCAUAUAAAUGUAACGACUGUGGGAAAGCAUUCACUUGGCGCUCAAGCCUCACUAAACAUGUACGAACACAUACUAGAGAGAAUAGAGGGAAGCGUGAAUGUUAGGAAUGUGGGAAAUUCUUUUGUACGUCUUCGGGACAUAUUCAGCAUAUGAGAAUUCACACAGAAGAGAAACGCUUUGAGUGUGACCAAUGUGGGAAAGCCUUUGCUUCAUUUUCAUCUCAUAUUGCACAUUUGAGAACUCACAUACGCAAUAUAUGA